ACCCCAGGUCUCAAGGCCCAAACAUAAUGCUACUGCUGUCUGCCUCUCAGAACCAAACAGAUUUGUGACAGAACCCCUCACACCUCAAUCGCCUGAGCCCUGACGCCACUUCACUCGCCAGACACCACGUUGCCCCCAGUGACCAACCCGUCACUGUCCUCCGCCGGCGCUAUUCUCCAUCAUUAAUUGGUCCAUUCCUCUUUUUCUCUAAGUUGCUCUUGCAGUAACCAUGAAGGUUAGGUCAUCUGUGAGGAAGAUGUGUGAGUUCUGUAAGGUGAUAAAACGUCGUGGCCGUGUAUAUGUAACUUGCAGUGCCAAGCCCAAGCACAAACAGCGACAAGGUUUUUCUACAUUUGCCCAUGAAGAGCCCCUUGUUAGCAUGUCUGCAUCUGCUACUAUAAAGCCAUUGAUAUCCAACAACCCAAGCUUGCGUGUCGGUCUGGCACAGAUCGUGCCCAAACUACAGCAGCCUGCUGCAUUGUUUGGUUGGAGGGAUGCCAUCGUUUCACUUUUAUUCAAGAAGAGAAACUAAAGCUUCUAGAAAUGACAAAUAUCCAGGACAUAUAGUACCUCCUGAAUUGUUUAGACAGCAAUUGCCAAAAAACAUUGUUAAUUACAGUUUUGUACUUAUGAACUGUUUCAUUGUCCUAUAACCUAUUACCUUCUGUUUUCUUUUUGCUGUUAUGUGGCUCCCACAUACUCUGUUACACUACAUCGUUUUUUAUAAAGACAAACAAUUGAGCAAUUUUGGGAGAAA